AUGGCGAACACUAGCAGGUUGGAACGGGACCUAGUUCCUGCAACCUUCAGUUUACUGACUCUGUUUGGCGUUGUCGGAAACCUCCUGGUUAUCUUGGUGAUUCUCCAAAGCAGGCGUCUCCGGACACGGCUGAAUCUCUUCAUCGUGAACAUCGCUGUGAGUGACCUGAUCUUCACGGCGCUGUACGGCCCGGUGUCGGCCGUGUCGGUGGCGCGGUCGGGCGGCCUCAGGGACCACGCCGUCUGCGUCGUGACGGGGAUCGUCGGGCUGCUGAGCUGUUACGAGUCGGUCCUGUCCGCGGUGCUGAUUGCCGUGAGCCGCUGCGUCCGCAUCACCAGGAGUCACCGUUACGACGAGCUGUUCUCUCGUAAAAGGUGUGCGUUGCUUGUGUCAGUUUCCUGGGUGGUGGCCUUCCUUCUUACAACGCCCCUGCUGUCUGGGUUCGGCAAGCCAGGGUUCAACCCGAUACUUCUGACAUGUGACUACGACAUCCUUGCAUCCUUCAACUACAUCGUCAGCAUCGUGCUCCCACUUGCCAUCAUCUGCAAUGUUAUCAUCAUCGUGUCAUACGCCUUGAUCUACCAUAAAGUCAAAGCGUCAUCAACUCGCAUGCGCGGAAAAAGGACGAACUCGAAAGAGAAGAAAAUCCCGCCCAUCGUUUUGAGCCAGAUCAAGAACAUGGCAGCGAUAUACAUCGCCUUUAACAUCUGCGUUGCGCCUGAGGUUCUAAUGGGCAUUGUCACGCACAAGACUGGGGACAGCAUGCGACUCCUGAACCUUGUGGCAAGGAUAGUUUUCACGUGUAAUUCCUGUGUGAACCCGAUCAUUUACACCGCUGGAAACAAGGAGUUCCGGACUGAGCUCAAGACUCUAUGGGAAUAUGUGUUCCAUGGAGGUCAGAAACGCGAACCAAACGUUGUGGAAAGGAUCAGCAUGAAGACACUGAGUCUAGGAGAACAGGACACUCCUCAGAGGUUUUCCUCCAAUUCCAUUGUACAGGAAACCCGUCUGUAA